AUGGACGUAAUGCUUGUAGCGUUACGUGAGAGUGUGGAAGGCGCAGGAUCGUGGAGUGAAACUUCCCUACCAGCAAAGGAGCAUGCAGUUAAUGGUGCUUCUGACCCUACGAACAUCCCAACGAUGAUCGUGGCUUAUGAGGAGGAGCCUACAGAGGACAAUGAUGACACCGAGCCUGGCUAUACUCCAACUGAGCACCCGUUCGAGCCCGAAUACACGCCAGCAGAUCACUUCAACUCAUACCCUUCCGAUCCUGUUUAUCCAUCAGUUUACACACUAGCUGGACUUGAGCUUCUCAGCUUAGAUUAUGAGUCAGAUGAGGAUGAGGAGUAUAUUGCCACCUCAUUGGAGAUCUCACCACCCUGCCCACUCCUUCGCAUCGAUAUUUCAUAG